ACGGUACAUACAAACGCUCGUCGACGUGUCUCCGUUAGAAAACUGUCGCCCUCCAAGAAGCAUCCUCGGCUGAAAUAUUCCGGGCGAGUGAAGCCCUGGAUCUCCGGGAGCUUCGCGCUUUUACCGCGCGAGGCGAGGCCUUCGGGGGAGCGGAUCCGAAGAGUUGGCCCGUCACUCCCGUUGAAGAGGCUAGAGGAGGAAGGGAGACAGAGUGAGAGACAGAGAGAGGAGAGGAGGAAGAAGAAGAAAUCGGCUGAGACAAACCCGGCAAACCGCCUCUUUUCGCCAUGGAGCUGAUGGAGCUGACGAAACACCUGGAUAAGAUCAAUGUCCCGCGCACCGGCGAUACACGACGGCGCGACAGGAUAUACAAGGACGAGUGCGUUUACUCCUUCGACACGCCAGAUGCGGCCACCGGCCUCUACGUCAGCCUCACCACCUUCGUGGGCCUCGGACGAGAGCACGUCGCCCGGUAUUACGAGAACACCGGCAAUCCCGUCUACCUUCAUAUUAAACGCAUUAAGAAGGAGAUUCCAUCUGAGGAGCAGGGAGAUGGACCAGAAAAGAAAAUUACACGACUGGCGAUCGGGACAGUUGGUGGAUUCAUGCCUGAUCAGCAGAAAUAUAUCUAUGAGGAGACCUAUCAGAUAGUCAUUCUACCUGAUUUCCUUACUAUUCCUUAUCCCUCGAGCAAUUUGCCUGAAAAGGUGGAACAAGCAAUUAAGACUGUAUUACAAAUGGAAGGCGCAUGGGCGGUGGCGCAGGUAGAAGCUGUGGCUAACAUGUGGGACGGAGAGGUCAGAGCGGAGUCAAAACACGCCGCGACCCUGAAGCAGCUGGACAACGGCAAGAGGAUCCCGCCGAGUGGUUGGAAGUGCGAGAAGUGCGACCUCACGCAGAAUCUCUGGCUUAAUCUGACCGACGGCAGCGUGCUCUGCGGUCGUAAGUUCUACGACGGGAGCGGUGGCAACGGUCACGCGGAGGAGCACUAUCGUGCAACUCAAUAUCCGCUGGCCGUGAAGCUGGGCACGAUCACGAAGGGCGGUAAGGCCGACGUGUUCUCGUACGACGAGGACGACAUGGUGGACGAUCCGAAUCUGACGGCGCAUCUGUCGCACUGGGGCAUCAACAUCGCGCAGAUGGAGAAGACCGACAAGUCGAUGAUCGAGCUGGAAUUGGAUCUGAAUCAGAAAUUCGGCGAGUGGGUGUCCCUCCAGGAAGCGGCCAGCAAACUGACGCCGUUGUACGGCCCCGGCUACAUUGGGCUGACCAAUCUGGGAAAUUCCUGUUACCUGAACAGCGUCAUGCAAAUGCUGUUCAUUAUUCCCGAUUUCGUCAAGAGAUAUGUGGAGAGAGCGCCAACAAUAUUCGCUAAUAAUUACAACGACCCGGCGUCGGAUAUUAAUGUUCAAAUGGCGAAAUUGGGUCUCGGUUUACUCUCUGGCAAAUACUCGGAUCAGCCGAGCAAAUCAUCCGGCACGGACGACGAGUCGCGGCAGGGUAUUCCGCCGCGGAUGUUUAAGGUCCUGAUCGGUCGCGGACACGCCGGCUUCUUCUCGAAUCGGCAACAAGAUGCUCAGGAGUUUCUCCUUUACCUGAUUAAUUUACUCAGUCGCAACAAUCGACACGAGGUGUGCCCCACGGAGUGCUUUAAAUUUAAAGUCGAGGAGAGAUACCAGUGCGGUAAAUCCAACAAGGUCAAGUACACCAAUCGGCCGGAAUACAUCCUACCACUACCGAUACCAUUGGAGGCGGCGGUGAACAAGGACGAGGUAGCUGCAUACGAGGCUCAGAAGAAGGAAGCCGAAGCGAAAGGGCAGAAGCUAGAUUCCAGUAAUCCCGUGAGGCCUCGUAUAAAAUUGUCGUCGUGCCUCGAGAGUUUCAGUCGCACGGAAAUCGUGGAACAGUUCUACAGUUCGGCAUUAAACGAGAAGACGAUAGCACACAAGACCACUAGACUAGCCAGCUUCCCGGAUUACUUGCUGAUCCACCUGAAGAAGUUCACGGUGAAAGAAGACUGGACACCUAUCAAGUUGGACGUGGCGGUAGAGAUGCCGGACACGGUCGACCUGAGCUUCCUGCGCGGAAACGGUUUGCAGCCCGGCGAGGAACUGCUGCCGGACGGUGCGACGCCGCCGCCGCCCGUCUAUGACUCGACUCUCCUGAAGGAAUUGACGGACAUAGGCUUUCCGCCGAACGCGUGCAAGCGUGCCCUGUACUUCACGGAGAACCGCAGCCUCGAGGACGCGACCAAUUGGGUGAUGGAGCAUAUCGCGGAUUCCGAUUUCGACGAGCCGUUUGUGCCGCCGGGAGUCGACGUUAAGUCUGGUGAGAAUAAGUUUGUGCCAGAUCAGGCUGCUUUGGAAAUGGUAAUGGGCAUGGGUUUUUCGCGGGAGCAAGCGACGAAGGCACUCAAGGCGACCAACAACAAUCUGGAGCGCGCGGCCGAUUGGAUUUUCAGCCACCAGGCCGAGCUCGACGCUCCGGAAACGGAGGCCAGCGCGGCGCCAGCAAAGGAGUCGUUCAGAGAUGGAAACAGUCGAUACAAACUAGUGGGCUUUAUAUCGCAUAUGGGCACAUCGACGAUGGUAGGCCAUUACGUUUGUCACUUGCUGAAGGAAGACCGAUGGGUGAUAUUUAAUGACGAAAAAGUCGCUUUAUCGGAAAACCCGCCGAAAGAGUUAGGAUACAUUUACAUGUAUCAACGGAUCGACUAGUGUAACUGCUGUUUUGUAUAAAGAUGUUGCUUUUCAAGAAUAAAAAAGAUACGAAUUCUUUUUAUUUUACAUAUUGUGUAUAUUGAAAGUAUAUCAAAGUGGUAAAUGUGUCAAAUGAUGCGACCAGUUUUCACGACCCUUAGGGAAAAUUAAGGAAACAAAUAUAAAGAAUACAAGACGAAAAUUCCACUUUAUUUUCUAACAAUGGCACAUUCCUCAAUGUGUUUUAAAGCGCUUCGCGAUUAUAUAAUUGCCGAUGAAAAUUAAGUAAACUCUGUUCUACGAAUGAAUUAAAAAAAAAAGCAAAC